CACAGCAUCUACAGCAAGUGAUGAUGUGGCACAAAGCAGUUUUUUAAAUUUUACUGGCAAAUCAGAAGAGGGGCCACAAGGCUGUUAUUUUGUGUUGCCUUCCCACAAGGCUCCUUACCACAAAAUAUGGCUUAGACAGACCUUUUGUUCCUCCAGCUGGGGUAGGCUAUGUCUUAGAUGAUUUCACCAGCACAAGAACUUGCUGCCCUCUACAACUUCAACUUCUCAGACGUCCAAAGAGUAAGUUUUCUUGAAACAAUCCUGUUAUGGUACCCUUCAGUACCAAGCACAGCACAGGUGGACAGCUGUUCCUUGCCAGAAGUCAGACCAGAAAACCUCUGUUUACUUCAAGGACAGUAAAUUUGUUUGUUUUUUAUGUGGAAGGUCACAACAUAUCAGUUUAAAUAUGGGGAUUCUGAGCCACCUAUUGAUCCUCCACCUCCUCUGGGCUGCUUUGGUCUUUUGUCAGUAUGAAGACUAUGAUUUUGAGGAUGAAUAUGGUGGGGAGCCAGAUCAUCAAGUUCCAUAUUAUUUUAACCCAAACACCCCAGUUGAAGCUCCUCAUUUUCCUUUUCCAGUUGAAUGUGCCAAAGAAUGCUUCUGUCCACCAGCUUUUCCCUUAUCCAUGUACUGCGAUCACCGGAAACUCAAGACAAUACCAAACAUCCCCAGUCAUGUCCAACAACUUUAUCUGCAAAACAACAACAUUGAAGCUGUGCCUGCAGGACCAUUCACCAAUGUUACCUUCAUAAGGGAAAUUAACCUCAGCUACAACAACAUUAAAUUCCAUAUGAUUGACCAUGGUGUUUUUGCCAAACUUUCACACCUAGUGCAACUCCAUUUACAACAUAAUGAAUUGGAAGAAUUUCCAUUUCCUCUGCCCAGCUCUCUAGAGAGACUCCUCCUUGGUUUCAAUAACAUUUCCCGGUUACCUGCAAAUGCAUUGGAAGGAUUGCCCAACAUGACCACGCUUGACCUUUGCAAUAACUUACUUGAUGACUCAGUGUUCAAAGAAAAACCCUUCUCAAACAUGAAAAAUUUAAUGCAGCUCAACUUAUGCAACAACAAAUUACAGACAAUGCCUCCUGACCUGCCACCAUCACUUCGGCAUCUUUCUCUUGAAAAUAACUCCAUUUCUCAUAUUCCAGAAAACUAUUUCCACAGACUUCCCCAGAUCAUUGCUCUAAGAAUGUCCCACAAUAACCUGCAGGACAUUCCACACAACACCUUUAAUCUACCCAACCUUCUAGAACUUAAUCUUGGACAUAACAAAUUGAAACAAGUGUUCUAUAUUCCAAGAAGUUUGCAGCAUUUGUACAUUGAAGACAAUGAAAUUGAAAACAUCAACGUUACUGUGAUGUGUCCAACUCUGGACCCGCUGAACAUCAAGCAGUUAACCUACAUACGGGUGGACCAGAACAAGCUCACAAGCCCCAUCAGCACCUACGCCUUCUUCUGCUUCCCUCUCAUCAGAACCAUUUAUUAUGGAGAGCAAAAUGUCACUGCCAGCAGGCCAAGCCAGCUCAGAACACCGGUGUUCCGACGGUUUCUGACACCAGAGGAAUUCCAGGAAGCAGAAGACAACCAUGAAACGCUCAAUCAAGAAACCGAAGAAGAUCAUGAAGCAGAAGACAGCUAUUUUCAUCCUUACUAUCACUGAAGUAAUCCCUGUUAGUGAGCACAUAUGGAAACUUCUCAUUAGCCUGGGUUAUUCAUAUCUGUCCUAGAAGAAGUGGGCAGUUUGGGAUAUUCAAGAUGCAUCUAUAAAGUGGAGAUAGGAGUUUAAAGUAGGUAAAUGUCCCAUUAGUGGUGUAGUAACAAACAAUACUAGGAACAAAGAGCACUCACCCGAGCAUUAGAUAAAGGUCUGACACAUAACCUGGCUUGAUGAUGGGCUCACCUUUGGGUGAGCAGAUGAAGUGAAAGAAAAUAGACCUGAAACUCUGUUCUAAAGUGAUGCAAUUGCAAAAUGACUAAAAUAUAAAUCAGUGUCAUAAUUCAAUAGGAGCAAGUGAUUAAGGGCAAAAAUCCAUUCAGCUCUACAUCCUACAGCUGACAGCAGUAGCAAAGAGAUGCACUAGAGAAAAGGACAAGGGAUUGAGAUUACAAAAUACUUCCACAAGGUUCCUCCACAUCUCCCAGAAAUACAGAUAUUUCUUCUUCCAAUUUCUAACGAGGACAUCACAAAUACAGAGCUUCAAACCUUCCCCAUAUUAUGCUUCAAGUGUCCUGCCAAGCUGUAUUCUAAUAUGCACUUCUUUGGAAGACCUUUAACUAUAACAGUCUUUCAAAGAAGAUUUCAGCUUAUUACUAACACAGGCAAUAAAUAAUCUUUCACCAAGCUGCUGGGAUCUAGGGAAAAGCAUGUGCAUUAACACAACUGAACCAUUAGCAUUUCCAUUUUCCCUAUGCUUCAGCCCAUGCUAUUUUAGAAGAAAAGUAGAAAUGUAAUGUAAUCUUUGCAUUUAGAAUUAUUCAUCAAGUAGGACAGUUACAAAGAAAAGCAUUGCAGACUUUUUAAACUAUUAAUUUAACUAUUAAUUUAUCCCUCUGCACAGCUAAUACCAAUUAGCUGUAUUCUGCUUCAAAGUACAAUCAACAUUGCUUUAAGUAACCUGAAGAAAACUUUGAGCUAUGUAAAUUUUUGUUAUAUCUUAUGCCUAGAAACAGAUCCAGAUAACUACAGGGGAAGAUAACACUAUAGAGCACUUUAUUGCCUUUUGUUAUCACUCCUUGAUUUUUCAGCACUUUUCCCCUGAUAGAGCUUUGCUAGCUGUGAGGAAAAAAAAAAUCCCUCUUUUCAACAGAAAAAUGAAAUUUUUGCAAGUGAUAGAUCCAUACAACAUACUAUCAACUUUGCAUAAUGUUAUGUAGCUGUCCUACACUUAAAGUACAAUGUAAUCAGAUUUCUGAUAGAAUUUGAGAAGCUAGGCAGUUUUCAUUUUUUCUCUUAGAAUUUCAGGGGUUUUUUUAGGCCCAUAUUCAUAUUUAUGGUUUCUGAUGUAUCAACUGAAAUAUUAAGAAAAUGAAAAUAUUUAAUUACUUCUUUUAAAGAGAAAGAUUUAUUGUAAAGCUAUGAAUAUAAAUUUUAAGAAUAUAUACAGGCUUUAAGGACAAUUGGUUGUAAGAAUUUGUGGGUACAAAAUUUAUUCAAUUGUUAUUAAUUUGGGGAUCUUCAGCCAACUAACUCAAGAAAUCUGCUCCUCUCUCCUUCCCCUUUUUGUUAUCUGCAUUCUGAGCAGAUCCAGUAUUCAUAGCAAAGUAUUUUAUGGUCACCUCACAAAUUCACAGUGCUACAGAAUGUUUGCUCUAAAAAAAAAAAAAAAUUAAUGUUUAUCACCCACAAACACCUCUGGGUUUCUGAAAAAAGAACAUAUACAUGUAUUCAUUCCUUAAGUACUCAAUAUCAUUUAUGUACACUAUAUACAAGAAUUUAGAUAUAUCUAUAACUUUAUUGCUUUAUUAAUACAUACAUGUAGUAUUUUAAUCUUUCAACUAUUUCAGAUUUUAAGGGAAUGGUGCACAAAAUGCAAAUUUAGAGAAAGAGGCUUUUUUGAAAGGCUUGCUCAGCUUUAAAAAUAAAAGAACACUAUCCUGCUACAGUAUGAAUAUUACAUCUUUUAUCACAAACUUUCUGCUUUUUAAAGACAUUUAUGAAACAAAGCUUAGCUUUAGUUUUAAAGAAGAAGUCAAAAUAUUGAUGUUAUAUACAUUUCUCAAACUGGAAAUUAUUGAAAACUUCAGACCUGUCUUAUUACACUUGACUCAUUCAGGUGGAACAUGAAAUUUGUAAUACAAGCAGAACUACUACAAGUCACUUUUCUUUCAUAUAAUAUUCUAAUAUAAUCUGUAGCACAUAGGACACUUAUUCCAGAAAGGCUUUUACAGUGGACAGAGAGCUAAAGACUUGGUAGCCUUAGAGAAAUGACAAUUAUAAUAAAGUACUGGAUUAAAGGAUAUCUAGCUGAGUAAAAUUUGCUUUGGUAGCACAGGGAAUGCUGUCUGUCAAAGUCAUGAGGUUUUUUGCCUUCCAAAUAUCUUGGAGUUCUCUGAGGGAAUCAUGAAGGAUGUGGAAAAGGGAGAUCCUGGUCCAAACAGCCUACAAAAAUUCCUAAAGGUUUUUAAGGAAAUUAAAUUGCCACAGAUUAAAAGGCAACAUCACCAACAAAAAUCAAAUAAAGUAUGAGAAACAGCCUGAGAAUAAAUGGUCAGUUCUUGCUGUGGAGGGAAUCUCACUGGUGGGAAAUUUGCAGAGAGCUUGUGCUGGAAUUUAUUGCAUUUAAAAUGCUAGCAAGAGAUAGACAAACCAGGCUGAGAAGUGAGAUGCCAGCAAUGAGUGCUAAGUGUUGCUGGAGAAUGGCUGCAGAAGUUCUCAGCAUGCUAAAACAGCCAGGGGAGCUCAUCACAGUUAAAUGAGAAGUGCUGUCCAUGGAAAUGAUGAUAGUUCCACAUUAAAACUAAUGAAGGAUGACCUCACCAACACCACUCAGGGAGCAAGACUCAGAAGUGCUUCAGUAGCAACAGGUGUUCAGUGAAAACUGGCUCAGCACCCAGGAGUCACAAAAAGGAAACUCACACAUAGAGAGUAACUAGAGACAAAUGGAAAACAAGAGACAUCAAGACACUGCCAUAAAUCUGUGGCUCACCCAGACAAUAAAUGCAGUAUUGAUUUCCAAAGCCUCAGGUAGCUGGUGUAAUUACACAGGGCACAAUUGGAAAAGGAUUAGAGCAAGGUCACCCAAGGUAAGGAUUGGCUUCUAUAUCAACAACAUGGAAUGCACUAGAGCUCAGCAAAGAGAUGGCUGAGGGGGGUACGGAAGAUACCCACAAAAUUAUGGGUUGCAUUGACAGCAAGGGUCUGGGGAUCUGCUCCAGUACAAGGGAAGGACCCAUCAAAUGAAGCUCAUGAGUCCCAUGUACCCGAGGACACAGUGGGUACAGCAGCAAUUUUAGACAUGGUGUUGAGAAAAGACAGAGACAGUAAUGGUGUUCCUUGGAAGAGAUCCAUUAAAAGUCGUUAAAGGAAAUGCAGUAGGGACAAAAGUGCUGAGCUGAAAAUAGCUGGACAAUGAAAGAACAUUUGAAGACAGGACAGAGACAAGGAUCAUAAACCAUUGUUCUACUCUGUCUUCCCAAAGCAUCCGUUCAUGGGCACUGCUGGGCACAGGAUAUUGUACACUAACCUUUACUAUUAAUUCCACACCAGUUCUAUGUUGGCACUAUCCUGAACCAUGUUAACAUGCUGGUACUGCUCCUCACUACCACUGCCUUGAGACACUGUAAAACAAACUUGCUUCAUGUUUGCUCUGGUACUUACUGACAAACUAUACAGUGUUUUAAAAGGAGGAAAUAGGGUCAUAAACUAAGAACUAAACAUGCUAUUUAUUUAAUCAGUAACAGCAAAACCUAACAAUGAAAUAGCUUAAUGAGUUUGUUAACAGCAUAGUCAGAAAAUACAGAAACAAAGCUUGAUGUGAGUUUUAACUCUGAAUCUCCAUGAACAAUUCCAGUAAAGUGCCAACAACCAAAAGUUAUUAUAAAAACCAAAAGAAAGAGAAAUAAAAGUAGUUUAAUCCAGCUAAUUUAUAUUUCUUUCAUUAGCCCAAAAAGUGGGAAUAUAUUUUGCCUUUUCCUGAUAAAUAUUUUUUACAUUUUACUUCAGUAGUCUGGUAGUAAAAGUUAUGUGGAUGAGGACAGAAGCUCCUUUAUAGAAAACAGAUGUUUUACAGUUCACGUUUUCUGACUUAGUUUAACAUAUUCUCAUUCCACUUUUACAAUACAAAUCCAUUUCCUUCUUUGUUGCCCAACCUGAUAAUUGUGAGCUAUAAGCAUAGGCAUUUCCUACCUGAAAAGCAGGAAAGGGGAAUAUACUAUACUUUUAACCAAAAAAGUACACAUCUAAGAGAUUUCACUGUCAUUUUCCAGUACUGCUGCAUGAACUACUCAGCUAUAAGCCAAUUUGUGUAUACACUAUUGCAACUUAUGGAAUUCCACAAAUACAAACACUUUUAAUGUUUUAACUGUUUUGCCCAAAAUUUAUAACAAGCUAAGUAAUUUAAAAAGAAAAUAAAUAGAAACACAACCUUGUAAUUCAUUGCAUUAAUUCAUCUACAGAGGGGAAAAAAAAAUAAAUUCCCCUAUUUCACAAGUACAACACAAGGAAAACAGAUAAACGUGGAGAUGAGCCAUGAACCCAGUAAAGCAGAUGCUCUGAACAACACAAGGAACAGAUGCCUGGAACACUGAAGUAAAAUAUGGAUAAGGCCAGUGAUUCUUGGAGCCCUGACUCAAAUGUCCCUGUGGACAUAGUAACAGCUCUCAACAAAUGAUGGUAUUGUCAUAAGGAAGUAAUGCCAAUUCUGGAAGGAAUUCUAAGAAAUUGUAAUAAAUUGCAGUAGGUUGGCUUUUGUUUCAGGAUAUAACUGAUGUCACAUAGCAAAGCUCAGGAGAACAUGUGUUCAACAGAGGGGUCUGGGAAAAUAGACAGCACUGUUACUCUGGUUAUCAUUUGUCUUUGUCAACCAUAGUUUGAUUUCUGUUUAAUAUUAUGCAUGAUUUUUGCAAUGUGCUUUAUUCAUUUAUAACACAGUAACUGAUAAGUUUUUCUUUUCCAGAAAUGCAAGAAAUAAAGGUAAUGUCUACAGCCUUAAAAAA